AUGGCACCACUUGCUUUUAAUGGUGAUAACUAUCAGAUUUGGGCGGUAAGGACGGAAACAUAUCUAGAUGCCAUGGAUAUGUGGGAGGCAGUCAAAGAGGAUUAUGAAGUUCCUCUGUUGCCUAACAAUCCUACUAUAGCCCGGAUCAAAAAUCAUAAAGACGGGAAAACCAAAAAAUCAAAGGCAAGGCCUGUUUAUUUUCAGCAGUUCUUCUUCAAUCUUCACUCGAAUUAUGUCUCUAAAGUCAGCAAAAUCCAUCAGGGAUUAUCUCAAGCAAACAGUGUAAGAUUGAUUGGUUCCGUGUUUAAUAAUUUACUUAUUGUUGAAAAAAUUUUGGUAACUGCGCAAGAAAGAUUUGAAGUAACCAUUACUACUUUGGAAAACCCGAAGGAUCUAUCCAAGAUCACCUUCGCAGAGUUAUUGAAUGCUUUUCAGACACAAGAACAACGAAGAGUCAUGAGAGAAGAAGGAAAUACAGAGGGAGCAUUGUUUAACAAGCCUCAAGAUGGAGGCAAAAACAAAAAUAAGAAGAACAAGAAGAAUGGUGAAGGCAUUUCAACAAGUACUACCAAAGAAAAAACUGGACACUCAAAGAAAAGUUAUCCUCCUUGUAAGCAUUGUAACAAGAAAGGUCAUCCACCAUAUAAAUGUUGGAGAAGGACUGAUGCUAAAUGUAGUAAAUGCAAUCAACUUGGGCUUGCAAGAACAAUAGUCAGCAACAUGAAGCAGAGGCUAAAAUUGUUAAUGGUUAAACGAGAUAAACAAGAUAAAAAAUCUUUCCUAGGCAUUUUUAUUGGAUAUAGUUCAGUUUCAAAGGCAUAUAAAGUCUUCCAACCACAAACUGAAAAUAUAAUCUUUAGUAGAGAUGUGUAUUUUAUAGAAAAUGAAGAGUGGUGUUGGGAAAACUCGAAGAAAUUUGUCGUUAACACUUCUGACAAAGCAAAAAAGUCUUCAACCCAGUUUUUUGAGAAGAAAAUAUCACUCUCACGGCAGGAUGAAAUGGAAGAAAUUUAUGUUGAGCAACCUGAAGGCUUUGUGAAGAAAGGAAAUGAGUACAAAGAAAAAAAUACAAGGCAUAUCGAGGAUUUCAAGCAAGAAAUGAUGCAAGACUUUGAGAGGACUAAUCUUGGUCUAAUGUCUUAUUUUCUUGGUAUGGAAAUCAAGGAUGAACAAGAUGAAGUUUUCAUUUGCCAGAAGAAUUAUGCUAAGGAAAUUCUCAAGAAAUUCAACAUGGAAGAUUGCAAGGAUAUGAAUACUCCUAUGAACCAAAAAGAGAAACUAAUCAAGAAUGACGGAGCAGAGAAAGUGGAGAAAACGUACUUCAGAGGCUUAGUCGGUUGUUUGAUGUAUCUCACAGCUACAAGACCUGAUAUUUUGUAUGUUGUAAGCAUUCUAUCGAGGUUCAUGCAUUGUUCUAGUGAGGUGCAUCUAAAAGCAGCAAAACAAGUUGUUAGAUACAUCAAAGGAACCACCAAUUAUGGUGUCAAGUUUCAGAAAAAAAUAGAUCUGAAAUUACUUGGGUAUUCUGAUAGUGUUUGGGUUGGAUCCGCAGAUGACAUGAAGAGCAUAUCUGGAUAUUGUUUCAGUCUUGGCUCAGGAAUAUUUUCGUGGUGCUCAAUGAAGCAGGACAUUGUGGCUCAAUCCACUUCAGAGGCGAAAUUUGUGGCUGCAACAACAGCAGUAAAUCAAGCAUUGUUGUUGAGGAAAAUUUUUGGUGAUCUGCACAUAAAUCAGACAAAGGGAACUGAAGUAAUUGUGGACAAUCAAUCUGCAAUAGCAAUUUCUCAUAAUCCUAUAUUUCAUGGGAAAAUAAAACACUUCAGCAUCAAGCUUUUUUUCUUGAGGGACGUGCAAAAUAAUGAUGACGUGAUUCUCCUCUAUUGCAAAACUGAAGAGCAGCUGACUGAUAUCUUCACCAAACUAUUAUCAGGCAAUAAAUUUCAACUUCUCAGGCAAAAACAUGGAGUUUGCAGCUCCUAA